AUGGCAGCUUACCCGCGAAUCACAGAGGACAACCUGCAUGUCGCUCUGGAAUACUCUUACUUGAAUCAAGGCCCGCUCGAUGGCAACUGUGCCAUGGACUUUCCGCCUAGUUGCCAGCUGCCCUACGGAGACAUGGGACCUUGUAGUGGACAAACCUACAGGUAUUCUUCUUCGCCAAUGGCAAGAUCGUACUCGGCUCCCCCGUCCGCAGCCAUGUCGAGCCCGUCCACAGCAUGCGGCAUCAUGCCGUCCAGACAGCGGCAUCACCUUCAUCCCGAGCAUCCGUCGAGCAUGGUCCACCAUGGACCUACGACACAUUUCCCCGGUCUUUCAGCUCCCUACAAAGUGUAUCCUGUGCACGAAGAGAAGAGAAAACAGCGCAGGAUCCGCACCACCUUCACCAGUGGACAGCUGAAGGAGCUGGAAAAAGCUUUCCAAGAGACCCACUACCCAGACAUUUACACUCGAGAGGAGAUUGCUCUGAGGACAGAUCUGACCGAGGCUCGUGUACAGGUAUGGUUCCAAAACCGACGAGCCAAAUUCAGGAAGCAAGAGAGAUUGAACCAACAAAAACAAGCGCAACAGCAUUCCAGUCAAAAAUCCAGCAACAGUAAUAAUACUUCCGGAAAUAAUAACCAGUCAUCAACAAGCGGUCACAACAAUGGAAACAAUCUUCAACUAAAUAGCAAUGGACCUUCGAAAGACUCUUCACUCGAAAAUUCGAAAGUUGUAUCAUCCAUGAUGCCACCACCACCUCCACCUAAUACGAAACCUUUAAAUGGAAAACCCAAUAAAUGGAGUGGAUAUCUCUCCGCUUGUGUACAGAAAUCCUCAACCGUCCUCACACCGCCCUCACUCUCAUUUGCGAUGGGUUCAUCAGUAAAUAAUAUCUUUUGA